UUCUCUCUCCCUCUCUGUGUGUGUGUCUGUGUGUGUCUCUAGCAAUGGAAUCGCGAGUGUUGUCACGCGCUUCCGUUAUCUCCGGCUUACCUCAGCUCAGGCCGAAGCUUGCCCGAGGGAGUGUCAACCUGUCCUUUGCUUUGGCUAAGCCGAUCGGAGCUGUCGGUGAAGGCGGGAACGUCAUAUGGGGAAGGCAGCUAAGGCCCGCCUUGCUACUGGAGAGCUCGUUAGUUAAAAAGCGAGAGGUUUUGAAGCCGGUUUCAGCCGCCGCGUCCUCUCCGGCCGAAGGAGGAAGCGAUUCCGCAGGGGAUGCGAAGCCGGAUGGAUUCUUCGAGAAGUAUCCCGCUCUUGUUACCGGCUUUUUCUUCUUCAUGUGGUACUUCUUGAAUGUGAUAUUCAACAUUCUCAACAAGAAGAUUUACAAUUACUUCCCUUAUCCUUAUUUUGUAUCGGUCAUUCACUUGUUCGUGGGGGUGGUUUACUGUUUGUUGAGCUGGGCUGUAGGCCUCCCUAAGCGGGCUCCUAUCGAUGGAAACCUACUGAAGUUGUUGAUCCCCGUUGCUGUUUGUCAUGCACUGGGCCAUGUAACUAGCAAUGUCUCCUUUGCAGCUGUUGCUGUCUCUUUCACCCACACUAUCAAAGCUCUUGAGCCUUUCUUCAAUGCUGCUGCUUCCCAGUUCAUACUUGGACAAUCCAUUCCAAUCACUCUAUGGCUGUCUCUUGCUCCUGUUGUUAUCGGUGUGUCCAUGGCAUCACUGACUGAGCUGUCAUUCAACUGGACGGGUUUCAUUAGCGCAAUGAUUUCCAACAUCUCCUUCACUUACAGGAGUAUCUAUUCCAAGAAAGCCAUGACGGAUAUGGACAGUACUAAUGUCUAUGCUUAUAUUUCCAUCAUUGCUCUCUUCUUUUGUAUUCCCCCAGCCCUCAUUUUUGAGGGUCCUCAGUUGAUGAAGCAUGGGUUCAAUGAUGCUAUUGCUAAAGUGGGUAUGACUAAGUUCGUCUCAGAUCUUUUCUGGGUGGGAAUGUUCUACCAUCUCUAUAAUCAGUUAGCUACCAACACACUGGAGCGGGUGGCACCACUUACUCAUGCAGUGGGCAAUGUGCUGAAACGUGUGUUUGUCAUUGGCUUCUCAAUCCUGGUCUUUGGAAACAAGAUUUCAACCCAGACAGGAAUUGGAACAGCCAUAGCAAUUGCUGGAGUGGCAGCCUACUCCUUCAUCAAGGCCAAGAUAGAAGAAGAGAAACGACAAGCGAAAGCAGCAUGAGAAGGAAAGAAGAGAGGCAUGGAAAUGAAGUCCGAAUGGUGAAGUUUACUUUCUUCUUUUUUUUCCCUUGUACCCAUCAUUUUUUAAUUUCGGAGACAAACCAUUUGUAACUUUGGAUCAGCUUGUGUUGACUGAUAAUGAUGUUUACUAUCAUCACUUAUAAAUAUUGUCUCUCAAACUAAGCUUUAUUUCAUCAGAAGCUUUU